AUGUGUGACUGGGAGGAAUUCCUCUUCACCUGCAACCACUCGAUUGUCCGGCUGAAGUCGUAUUGCCACUUCGCCCGCAACGACCCGAACCACCAAUGCUUCGGCGUGAAGGUUCUCCGCAACUCGUGGCAACAAAGCGUCCCAUGCAAUAACUGCAUCUCGGUCUGGCAGGACCAGGAACGCUCUCAUUUCGUCGCCAGGUUCAACCGAGAAGAGUGCAUUGGCGAUCAGAGCCGCCGUCGUUGA